CACGUGGGUACCUGAGUGAGGUGGAGCUAAAGUAAAAUGGUGAACGAUAAAAAGAAAGAGUAUUCCUGGUCUAUAUAUCCAAAGGAGAUUCCUAAAUUGGAAUAUGAAAUGAAAGUUCUUCCUUUACAAAAUGAAAUCAGUAAAAUACGACGAGCAGUUUGUGAAGAGUAUUCGAAAUAUGAGGGCAACUGGAAAACAAUUAAAGGAAACUCAUUGAGAAAAUACCACAAUAUUAAAGAGUGGUUACACUAUUAUGGGAUAAGCAAAGACAGUACGUUAGUUCUGGGUGGGUCUGUGGGUGGAGCUACGUUGCUAGGAUACCUAAUUGCAAGAAAAAAGGGCCUAUUUAAAAGAGUGUUCUAUCCAUUAGUGGGUGGAGCUUUGGUUGGAAGUGCUUUCUAUGUAUCAUAUGAUCACAAUAGACAAUGGUUGAAUGGUCAAUUGGUCGAAUGGAAGGGAAAACUGUUUUCCUUAUUAAAGAAAUAAUAAUUCAGACAAUUAUUUUCAGUUCAUAGUCAAAUAUAUUAACUUGGGUGUGGCUCAAUUAAAUUUUAAUUAAUUAGUUUACUUUAUUAUAAAAGACUAGAACUUGUUAUGUCAUUUAGAAACUUGUUAAUUCGAUUGUUGAAGGACAAUGGCCACCAGCUCUGCUUCCUCUCCAGUAUUGGACAGUAUCAGAUCUAACUCCAUAUUCCCAGUUGUAGCUGGAAAGAAAGUUGCUAUUGAGAGUUUAUGGAAAGACAAUGAUGUGGUGAUCAUGUUUUUCCGUCGUUUCGGAUGACAGAUCUGUCGGUUUGGAGCUGUUAAAAUCAGCCACAUUGAGCCAACAUUAUCAUCUAAUGGGAUUAAACUGGUUGGGAUUGGUCUGGAAAGUCUUGGGGUAGAAGAUUUUGUGAAGAAUAAGUAUUUUGCAGGCGACAUCUACAUUGAUGAUAAAAGAAAAUGCUACAAAGACCUCAACUUUAAGAGGUAUGGCGUCCUUGGAGCUCUUAAAGCCGUUAUAUCCAGCUACUCAUCCAAGAUAUUGGCAGAGGCACGAGAGAGGAACAUUGAAGGUAAUCUUAAAGGAGACGGUCUUCAAAAUGGCGGACUCCUCAUCGUUAGAAAAGGAGGCGAACUGAUAUUCCUCCAUAGAGAAGAAUUCCCCGGAGACUUUUGUACUGAUGAAACAAUAAUAAAAGCUCUUGGAAUCACAAAGACAACAGAGCCACCUUCAGUUACUGAGAAAUGGAAGAAGUAAAAUAUAUCCAUCCAUCCAUUUAUGGAAAGGAUUAGUAAAUAUUGUUAUAGUCUCACUUACUUUUAAAAUAGCAUCAUGUAAUCUUGUAUCAUAUUAUUAUCAUAUCAUAUAAUGAAAGUGUGUUUAUUCUAUGGAUGAUGUGAUGUUUGUGUGACAAAGGUUACAAUCACACAAAACUGAUGAUAUAUCAUCUCUUAGUUUAAAUACACACAAUGUUUCCUAGAGUCUAUAGUUUUUAUAAUCAUUUUUAUCACAGACCAGUCUUACAUAAUAGUAAAUAAAUGUGAUAUGAUUUCCUCUUGUGUUUGAUUAUGCAAUUAGUGGCUGAGUGAUGGGUGUGGCUCAUUAUUUUGGACUAGCUAACAGAUAAAGCAAUGGCUACAGCAGCAGCAGCAGCAGCAGCGGCCCCUGCUGUUCCUGAUCCUUCUAUUUUAGAAAAGAUACAAGAUAAUCUCAUCACUAGCGUCCAGACUAAAGAGACGGUUCCUGUGUCUGGUCUAUGGAAAGACAAUGAUGUGGUGAUCAUGUUUUUGAGAAGAUUUGGAUGACAAAUAUGUCGGCUCGGAGCUUUUAAUGUCAGCGAGAUAGAGCCAACACUGUCACAGAAUGGAGUGAAACUGGUCGGGGUGGGUCUGGAGAAUUUGGGGGCUGAAGAGUUUGUGGCAAAACGUUUUCUUGCCGGUGAAGUUUAUGUAGACGAGAAACAAAAAUGCUACAAAGACCUUCAAUUCAAGAGGUUUGGACUCUUUAGUGUUCUAAAAACAGUCUUUUUUAAUGCAAUUUCUAAAAAAGCAAUUUCUGACGCAAAACAAAAGAAAAUUGAAGGAAAUUUUAGUGGAGACGGUCUGCAAAAUGGUGGACUACUCGUAGUUCGUAAGGGAGGAGAACUCCUUCUGUUUCAUAAAGAGGAGGUCCCUGGGGAACACUGUCCUAAUGAGACCAUUUUAAGAACCCUUGGAAUCUCAGAAAUUGAACCUGUUGCAACUAGCAAAGAGAAGACUCAGCAAGUGAAGGAGCUUCAAGAGGAAGCAGCUGCCUGUACUGACGUGUGUGCCAUUUAACUCCAUUAUUAUUAUUAUCAGAUCUAUCCAAUGCUAUGUAACUGUGUGUGUGUGUGUGUGUGUCUGAUGUAAAGUGAUGUGUUUGUGAUAAAUACAUAUUCACUGUAUUCACAGACACUGAUGAACUAACAUCAGAUAUACAUACACACACACUUCAAUAAAGUUCAUAUUGUUUGUAUUAAAAUUAAUAAUAAUUAUUAUAAAAAUAUAA